UUCCUUCUCCUCCUCCAGUGUUGGGCCAUUCCAGGGGCGGAGGAGUGGCCGCCCUACGCAGGUGUGGCGAGCGGGACUCGCCCCAGGCAAGGGGGCUUUGCGAGUGCCGCUUCUCCAGCCACAGAGAUCGGGAGGCCGUCGGGCGAGUCGCGCUUAAGGGGCUCUUCGCCGAGGUGAGCCCUGGGCGGGUACUCCGCACAUGCUCAAGAGUCCCUGUACUCCUGCUGCCGCCGCCUGGGCGCGCCGGGCUCGGGGCAGGGCCGGAGCUGGCUAAGGCCGCCCAGCGCGCCCGACGAGCCGCGGCACGUGCUCCCUCCGCGCGCGACUUAAAGGCCGCCCGACGGCAGCGCCGCGCCGGAUCCGCCUGCGCCCGGCGCGAUGCGGCUGCUGCCGGCCCCGAGUCCGCCGUCGCCUUGGCUGCUGCUGGCUGUGCUGGUGCUGGCCGCGGAGCCCUGGGGCCGCCCGGCGUCGGGCCGCGCCGCCUCGUGCCUGCAGCAGCACCAGCGGCGGCUCAGCGGGCGCGACAAGCGAGAGAUGCAGCGCGAGAUCCUGGCCCUCCUGGGCCUGCCGGGCAGACCCCGGCCCCGCGCGCGACCUCCCGCCGCCUCCCCGUCGGGCAGCGGUGGGGCCCGCAGGCAGCAACUGCCCUCCGCCGCCGCGCCGCUCUUCAUGCUCGACCUGUACCGCGCCAUGGCCCGCCAGGAGGAGGAGGAGGAGGAAGAGGACGCCGACGGCAGAGGGAGCCGCUGGUUCCCGGGCUGGGCACGGAGCGGCAGCGCCUGGACGCCGCCGGUCUUCCCGCACAGAAGAGCCGCCGACGGCGCGGACACAGUCAUGAGCUUCGUCAACCUGGUUGAACUCGACAGAGACAUCUUCCACCAGAAGCCUUACUGGAAGGAAUUCAGGUUCGACUUGACCCAGAUCCCAACGGGGGAGUCCGUAACAGCAGCUGAAUUCCGCAUUUACAAGAUGCAAAGUUUCACGCGACAUGUCAACAAGACCCUUCAGAUCAGUCUCUAUGAGAUUGUGCGCGAACAGCCCGACAGGGAAUCGGAGCUUCUCCUCCUGGACCUUCAGGAUCUUCUGGCGGGGACGGAGGGCUGGCUGGUGUUUGACGUUGCAGCCGCCAGCAAUCACUGGCUAUUAAGCCGCAAAUACAACCUGGGCCUGAGACUUUAUGUGGAGACGGAGGACGGACAGAGUGUCGAUCCUGGCCUGGCAGGCCUUUUGGGCCGCCAUGGGCCACGCUCCAAGCAGCCCUUCGUGGUGACGUUUUUCCAGGCAAGCCAGAACCAGGUCCGUGUUCCCCGAGCAGCCAAACACCUGAGGAAGAGGCAGCACAAGAAGGCAAACACCUUCCCACACUCCAACAGACUCCCGGGGUCCUUUGAUGAUAUUCUUGUCUCCCAAGGGAGGCAGGUUUGCCGGAGGCAUGAGCUCUACGUCAGUUUUCAAGACCUUGGCUGGCUGGACUGGGUGAUUGCGCCACAAGGCUACUCGGCCUUCUACUGUGAAGGAGAGUGCUCUUUCCCGUUGGACUCCUGCAUGAACGCCACCAACCACGCCAUCCUCCAGUCUCUGGUCCACCUGAUGAAGCCGGACGCCGUCCCAAAGGCCUGCUGUGCCCCCACUAAACUCAGCGCCACGUCUGUUCUCUAUUACGACAGUAACAACAACGUGAUUCUCAAGAAACACCGGAACAUGGUGGUGAAGACCUGCGGCUGCCACUGAGGCCCCAGGAGACCCUGAUUGCUGCUGAGGGAGGGAGAGCCAGUAGGGGGUACUCUGUCGGCACCCAGCACCUCUGGCCAAAGCCAGGCAGAGCAGAAAGGAAAAGCACGCCCCCCUCUUGCCACUCCAGGAGUUGGGGAGUUGGCAGUGGGGCUUGACCUCCACUCGGCCUGUCGGCUCUGCCCUUGGCCUGCUCAUACCCUGAGCAAACAGAACAAUCCCCCACAGAAAAUUCUUUGCCAAGGAAACGGGAAGAUGACCUGGCUGCCCGCAUAGGUCUGUUUUGUAUUCUGUGCCAACCCCCACCGCCACAGUGUUUGCACUAUAAAUUACAUUAAAUUUAAAAGCCUGCCACAGAAAACGAUGCAAAUCAAUAUCCUUGUUUGUUUUGCAUAAGUGUGCUCUGUUUGUAUGUUUUGUUUUAUACGUGACAUUUUCUGUGCUUUUAAAAUAGAAUUCUGAUCCCUGUUUUGCAAAAGACGCUAUGAGUGGGAGAAAGGAAGGGUAGUUCGUGCUUCUUCUGACGAAGGGAGCCGCCUUCAGGCUCCAACGUGUCCAAGCAUCCUCAACCCCAUGAGGGCUAGUAACAUGCUUACUUGCAAAAUAUGAAAUUCC